AUGAAUAAACUGGCAGUUUUUAGUAGUUGUAUUGCCUUUGCAGGAUUAGGUCUUUAUUUAAUAAACAAUAAGAAUAAAAAGUAAAUUUAUAAUAAAUUUAAGAGAAGAAAGGAUAAUUGAAAAAGCAUAAUUAAUAAAAAUAUUAAAAGACCUUUAAAAAUAAUAUUACCCUGUAUGGGAGAGAAUGAUAGAAUAUGGAAAACUACAAAAUCAUGUUUAUAAUAAAAAAAGUAAUGAAAAUAAAUAGGAAAUUUUAAGAGAUUUGAUUGAAUCUAAAUUUUAAAAUGUAAUUGAAAAAAUUGAAUAAAGUGUAUAUAUUAAAUAUGAAGUAUCUAAAGAUGAAGUUAAUUAUAAUUGUUAAAUAAUUUACAAAGAUGAUGAUUAAAUAGCAGAAUUAUAAAAUUAUAUUAAUUUAGGAUUUGAUUAAGCUAUAAAAUUGGAAUUAAAUUUACCUAUAAAUAUAAAAUUACCUGAAUUUAUUAAUGAAGAACUAAUACUAAAAACUUAAUGUUAAAUCUUAAUUAGUAGUGCUAAAAUAUUUAAUAUAAAAAUACAAGAAUAUGCAUAAUAAAAUAAUGGUGUAAAAGUGACAAAACAUUCAAAUGCAUUUUAAUAAAUAUUAACAGAAUUGAAAUAGUAGAGUAAAAAGUAUAUAAAAUAAUCAUAAAUUAGAUAAGAAAUAUUAAAUUAAAAUGGAUUUGAUUAAUCAGAUGAAGCAAGUACUAAAUUAUUUUUUGAUUCUAUAAAAGUCUAUUCAGAAAAUAGAUCUUUUAAGCAAAAAUUAGUAAAAUUAAAUGAAAUUUAUGAUGUAAUUAUGAGUGAAAUUCUUGAGAAAGGAUAUAUUCUUGAAAAUGAAAUAGAGAAUAGAUUAAAAUGUUGA